GUGUGUGUGUGUCCGUAAGUAUAUUUAAGAAGCAGGUAAAGCUGGUUUAAAUUGGAUGAAUGUGUGAUGCGUUGGGCCAACCUGUAGGGUCUAACAUACAUACGGUAGUUGAAUAACAUAGACAUAGUCAUGCCAUUGGCAUCGUAACAAAUGCUAUUUGUAAACACUAAUCACUAUAAUUUGAAGGUAGGCUAUUAAACAAUUAUAGGAAAUCGUUCUGUCGUGAAAGUUGGACAACGGAGAAGGCUUGUACCCUCAGCACCUGGAUUUAACUGCGCCUGCGCUGCGUUGUGACUGUCCUUGGUGCUGACAAAUUAUGUGAUCAUGGGCCUCUGUGUCACAAUGCAAUCAUGCACAUAUGGUCUUGCAAGAAAAAACAAUUGGACCCUUUGGUUGCUUGGCUCUGCGAAUGGAGGAUAUCAUGGAUGAUGGAGGGAUUCGCAAAGAAGUGGUACAACCUGGAGAAGGCCCACCUAUACCCAGAGAAGCUUCAGUAUUGAUCCGUUACUCAGCAUUUCUGGAGUAUGCGGACCAGCCCUUUGAUACCAACAGCAACGUCAAGUACCCACGGCUGAUGACGCUAGGGCGAGACGUCACCCUGGCUGGCUUGGAGCUGGGUCUAUUGACCAUGAAGAAGGGGGAGUUCUCCCGCUUCCUCCUCCAGCCACAAUUUGCCUUCGGGGAGAUGGGUUGCCCCCCUCUCAUCCCUCCCGCCGCCCAAAUUCUGUACGAGGUCCAGGUGAUGGAAUUCUUCGAUUCCGCCCAGGCCAAAGAUUUCCUCGCUCUGGAGCCGGAUGCUCAGAAUGCCCUUCCUCUUUCACUACUCAGCAAUGUGGUGAAUACGCUUCGCAACUUGGGCAACCGCUCUUUCAAGCAGGGUCGCCAUGACAGCGCUAAAGACCGCUAUAAACAGGCGAUGGCAGCGCUGAUGACCAGGCUGACGCAGAAGGUGGACGAGAAGGAGGUAAAGGCCUUGCUGCUGCCCGUCUACCUGAACCUGGCUCUGACCGAGCUCCGUCUCGAGAGUCCUCAGAAAGCUCUGAAGUAUACAAACCGGGCCCUGGAGAUAGAUCCCCACAACACCAAAGCCCUGUUCCGCAGUGGGCAGGCCUACAUGGACAAGCAUGAGUACGAGGAAGCCCAUAAUGUCCUCAUCAUGGCUCAAGCUAAGAAACCCUUUGACUGUGACAUUAACGGCCUGCUGAUGAAGGCGGCCAUAUGCUAUAAAAAGGGCCUGGAUCAGCAAACGGAGGUGUACUCCAGGAUGUUUCAGGCAUUGAGGACCUGAAUGAAGCACCGAGGACCAACAGAGUGAUGAUCACCCGAGAGUGAGCGAUAUACAAUGAACCAGGGGCCGGCUUUCACCAGUCCAGCACGACGGACCAUAGAAAUACUCUAGCUCUUUUAUCUCUCAAAGUGUCAUUUUCUGCUGUUAUUUGGCCUAAACGGAGCAACGCUGUGGAGAGACGUUGACGUCUACGGGCGUUAUGUACACCAUUUGUUACCCUGAUUGUUUCAAAAGCCAGGCAGGGCGAUAUUAAAACGAAGACGCCUUUAGUACAUUUAUUUCUUUGUUCUCUUUGUCAAGUUGGGUUUUUGUGAUCUGCCAAAGUAUGAAAGAGGUUUGUGUUUGAGGUCUGUUAUGUAAUAAAAAAUGUGUGCACUUAAA